AUGAAACUCCGAUUGUCAAGCUCCGAUCGUGCUUUCAAGGAGCUUUGUCUGCGCCUCAAGGAACACGGCUUGCUUCACAGCCCGGAGGCGAUUGCCGCCUAUGCGAGUGUCGACCGGGGAGAUUUUAUCCUAGGUGAUUCAGAUCCCUAUUUGGAUGCAGCUGCUGUGAUGGGCUUUGGUGCACAGGUGUCGGCUCCGCAUGUGCACUGUGCUGCACUGGAGUUGAUUCAGGAGAAAGUAUCUGCCAUGGGCGAAGGGCUGCGAGUCUUGGACCUUGGAAGCGGCAGUGGCUGUAUGGCCACACUGCUGGCCCGGCUCUUGCAGGGCCGAGGACGAGUGGUGGCCUUGGAGCAUAUCCAGGAGCUAGUGGAAGAAGCCAAGCAGAAUGUGGCCAAGCACCACGCAGACUUGAUGCCGAGCAGCUUGGAGAUCCUUUGUGAAGAUGCUCUCAGCCUCAAGGCAGAACCCUUCGACCUCAUACACUGCGGUGCAGCAUUGAGCCAGGUGGAUGACUGGCUUUUAAAACUCUUGAAGCCCAAUGGCCGUGCAGUAGCUCCACUCGGACCCACGGAUGCACCCCAAUGGCUUUGCAGCAUCGAUAUGCUCGAGGAUGGGAGAUACGAGGUGACGCAGCACCUGCGUGUCCUCUAUGUCCCGAUGACUUCGGAAGGGCUUCAACGCAACCGGGGAGAUGCCUGGGACGAGGUGGUAGCGAGGUGUCUGGAGAACUCCGCUGAUUUGACGUGA